GCAUAAACCCGCCUCCCCUGGGCUGUCACACAAGUCCUAAAAUAUUCACUGUACAAAAGCAGUAACCUGCCGAAUAGACUAGAAACCCUUCCUUCGCCAUGGAGUCUCUCUCGGAGGUUUCCGUGCAGUUCUCCCAGCUGUCCAUGUUCCCUUUCUUUGACAUGGCUCAUUAUCUGGCCUCAGUGAUGUCUGCCAGGGAGCAAGCAGGUGCUCUAGAUAUAGCAUCCCACAGCCCUAUGGCAUCCUGGUUUAGUGCCAUGCUUCACUGCUUCGGAGGUGGUAUUUUAUCGUCUAUUCUGCUUGCUGAACCUCCUGUUGGAAUUCUUGCAAACACUACUAACAUCAUGUUGGCAUCUGCAAUAUGGUACAUGGUGUAUUAUUUCCCUUAUGAUCUCUUCUACAAUUGCUUCUUUUUCCUUCCCAUCCGGCUGAUUGCUGCAGGGAUGAAGGAAGUGACGAGGACAUGGAAGAUAUUAUCAGGCAUCACACAUGCUCAUAGCCACUAUAAAGAUGCAUGGCUAGUCAUGAUAACUAUAGGUUGGGCUCGAGGUGCUGGAGGAGGAUUGAUCUCUAAUUUCGAACAGCUAGUGAGGGGUGUCUGGAAACCUGAGAGCAACGAAUUUCUCAAAAUGUCAUACCCUGUGAAAGUGACCUUGAUUGGUGCUGUUCUGUUUACAUUACAACAUGGCCACUACCUCCCAAUCUCACGACAUAACCUCAUGUUUAUCUACACAAUGUUUCUAGUAUCGAUUAAGGUGACCAUGAUGCUGACACAUUCUGCAGGGUCUCCAUUUCUACCUCUUGAGACACCCCUACACCGCAUUCUGUUUGGUCUGCGACAGAACCAAGCAGAAGUUAGGGAGAGUCCUUCUUCUUCAGGUGCCAAAGGGAAGCCUUCUAAGAAAACACUGGAUAAGGACUCUGGAGAACAAAGCAAUAAAAAGGAUAAAUGAGCCACAAGGAGUAGUAAAAUGCACCAGCAGUAAUUUUUAUACAUUUAAAACAAAGACAUUAUCCAUCCAAUGUGAAAAGCUCUCUGUAUUAUUGAUUACAAAGGGCAGUGAUAUUGGUUACCUAUUGGGUCUUCUCAGUCUGAGUUUUUGGGUUUAAGGGUAACUGAGUAUAUUACACACAGAAACUCAUUCUUACUUUGGAAUGAGAUUUGGUGUUCCAAGAAAAAACAGUGCUCGACUAGCAUGGAUCAUAGUGCAUUUAUAAAAGGGGGUAGGCAUCACUUGGAAGAAAUUGCUUUAUAUUUUGAUGGUGGUUGAUUGUGUUUAACAAUUCUAUGUACUAUAUGUUGAUCCAGAUUGGUGAACAAAAAUUGUGAUUGCGAUUUACAAUGGUGGCAGUGAAAUCAUAAAUGAAUGGGUAUAUUUUUGGUAAAAGCGAUAAUUUAUAGAAGAGGUAAAUUAUACAUAUUUUAAAUACCGGAAUAAUCAAAUGGGUUUUUUUCUCUUUUAAAUAUAUAACUCAAAUGUUUCUACGUCUGCUACUUUAAAACUUUUUGGGCGGAUUGCUGAUUAAAAAGUGAUUGUCCUUUGAACUUUGAAUGUUUUUUUCUAAUGUACAAACUUUUUUGCUAGGGGAUGGCUUGGAGAAUAUAAUUGAAUUCAUGGGAAGUGGGUAGCCCCUACACUUGAGAUUGGUAAAAAGCUACUUUUGAUACUUUUACAACAAAAUAAAAAUCCUUACUAUAGUACUUACAUAGUGAAACCUUUGGUAUUUGCCUCCUCAGUUCUAGUUUAAGCAAUUCUAGGAUUGUCAUGUGUUUUGUAAAGUUACAUUAUGCCACGAUGGGUUAUUAAGUGCAUAGGAAUUGUUGUAUAUUCCUUUGAACUAGUGUACAGUCCUAUCUUUAAUACCUGUUGUUUGCAAGGCAAGUAGUUAAAGACAAUUUAUUAUCAGCAGGGUCACUUAUUAGUAUAAGUAUUUUGAAUCCAGGAUAUGGUUUUGCAUUUUCAUUUGUGCCAGCAAACAGUGUAUGUAACAAAGUUAUGUCCCCCAAAAAUUAUGCCACCUUCAAACUGGUCUUAAAAAUGUGCAAUGUGAAGUUUUAAUAAACUGUCUAAUGAA